AAUGGAAAGAAAUGUUUAGAAAGGGUCGCAGUGUACUGUCCAAUGUAAGGCAUCCUGGUACGCAACAAGUUAUCACUACAGGUGAAGGAAACGUCUUUGAAGACUCUGGCACAUAACGGAUGGUUGCUGCCACAGGAACAAACUGCAAGGGCCUAGCUGAUGGAAUUCCUUGAGUCCACCACUACGUGCUGAGCCAGGCAGCAGCUUCUGGAGCUGGCAGAGAGAUGGCCUCCCAGUGGACGCGGGUGAGCAGCGCGGAGAGGAAGGUGCCCCACACGCGCAUGGAGGAUGAGAUCGACAUCCAGCAAAUCUACUCCUUUGGGAGGAAACUAGGUCAAGGAAGCUUCGGGGUCGUCUGCGAAGCCACCCACAAAGAGACACAGAAGAAGUGGGCCAUCAAGAAGGUGAACAAAGAAAAGGCAGGGAGCUCUGGAGUGAAACUGCUGGAGAGGGAGGUGAGCAUCCUGAAGCGAGUCAAUCACGAGCACAUCAUCCACCUGGAGGAAGUCUUUGAGACGCCAAAGAGGAUGUACCUGGUGACAGAGCUGUGUGAGGGCGGUGAGCUGAAGGAGCUGCUGCAGAAGAGGCAGCGCUUCAAGGAGGAGGACGCUCGCCACGUCAUCAGCAGCCUGGCCCAGGCCAUCGUCUACCUGCACAAGAAAGACAUUGUGCACCGAGACCUCAAACUGGAAAACAUACUUGUUAAGAGUUAUCACCAUGGCGACGAUAACAACACGGUCAAUAUCAAGGUGACAGACUUUGGGCUGUCUGUGCAGAAAGGUGGGGUUGGCAGUGAGAACAUGCUGCAAGCCACCUGUGGCACUCCAAUCUACAUGGCUCCAGAAGUCAUCAACGGGCACGAGUACAGCCAGCAGUGUGACGUGUGGAGCAUCGGAGUCAUCAUGUACCUGCUGCUGAGUGGGGAGCCUCCGUUCCUGUCCAGCUCGGAGGAGCGGCUCUUCGACUUGAUCAAGAAAGGCGAGCUCACCUUCAGCACUCCUGUCUGGGACAGUAUCAGCGAUGCAGCUAAGAAGGUGGUGUGCUGCCUGCUUAAGGUGGACCCUGCCCACCGCAUCACUGCCAAUGAGCUGCUGGAUAACCCCUGGAUCACAGGUGACACCACCAUGGCGGCAACGCCCACAAACGUGCUGGAGAUGAUGCGUCAGUUCCGGAACGACCCGGAGGACUCGGAGUUGGACGAGGCAGGCUCUGGGUUGGAGCAGAUGUCACUGUGCUGUUCCCAGACCAGCCCGGCUGAGCCGACGCAAACGCCGACGACGGCACGGACGGAGGCCUCGCUAGAGCGGUCAGGCUGCAGUGACUGUCCGUCGCUACUCGAGGAGGCAGACACGGACGGCUGCAAGCCCUCCACCCCCUCCAAACAGAGGAACAAGAAGAAGGCCUCCCAUUCUUCCUCCAAUGGAACUAAAAAGAAUGGCUCAGUUGUGAAGACUUUCAAUAACACACAGGUGGUGGCAGCAGGCACGGCGGCCCCGCGGACCGGAGCGAGACGGCCCCCUCCGCCAAGUCUGCGUCCGGCGCCGGCAAGUGCGAAGCCCCGGGCGCCGCCUGCGACAGCCACGGCCUUCCUCCCGACGCCGGGCCCGGGCCCCGCAGCCCAAAGCCAGCCGCUCUCGGCGGCACCAAGACCAAGAAGGUCCCCUAGGACGGGCGCGGGCGCGGGGGUGAGCGCGGGGGAGACCCAGGCGGAGGCCCCGCGCGUCAGGAGAGUGCCAAAGCAGCACAGCACGGUCCGCAGCGUGCCCUGGAGCGUGACCAGCCUGCUGGACACAUGAGAACGUCCGAGCCCUCUUCCUCCUCCCCCCCCGUUUACCCACACGAAAACCACGACAGCUCUUCCGUGGCCCUAAUCAGUUCAUCCUGAACCAUGCAGCAGGGAGCUGCUCAGCCAAGGCCUCAAGAGCUGCUCCCUCCACACCUCCACACCUCCAGCCUCAACCCCCCCGUCUCCCACGUCAGCAUCCACUCCACUCCAGCACAGCAGCGUCUGGAACAGAUGAACUGACUCCUGUUUCUGCGUUUUAAAACGACUGUAUGUUGGGGGGCUGAGUAGGAGGUGGGAUCGCUGUAGAAAGGGACGAGGCACAAGGUCCAGCUGACUCGGGACCACUAGCAAUAAAGAGUUAGCGGAGCGUGAGCUCGUUCGUAUCGUCCACGCUCGUCCUGUCAUGUGACCGAUUAGAUUACACCUAUGCACAGCAGUAGGUUAACAAUCCAAUCAUUAAUAAACACACAUAAUAAAAUAUCUGUUGUGCGACUGAGGAAAGUGAUUAUUUAGAAAUUGUAAGGAAUAUACUGAGGGUGUACAGGGUUAAGUUGUUGUUACUUCUUUGAAUGUUUAUUUUUUAAUCAAUCAGUACAUUUGCAAACUGUGUGAUUUACACGGAAACACUAAAUGCCAAAAUAAGUCACGACUUCUGUCACUUGUAUUGCAUUCCGUGUGUUACUCUAGAGUGAGACAGUAAAGUUAUAUAUUAUUACUAUUAUUAUUAUUAUUAUUACUACUACUAUUCUUUUUAUUGUUAUUAUAAUUAUUAUUAUUUCUGUUGUUGAGACAGAAAGGGAGUAUGAGUGACGGAUCGUUCAUGUCAGGCAUCUGUCGUCUCUUGAGUCAUUUUAGUCUUUGCCAAAUCAUGAAGCUCUUAAGAAAUUGAUUUUUCCCUCUCAAUAAAUUGAGUUCGUCUCAUGUA